CUCAUUGCUGAACUUUCCGAAUGACGAGCAUCUCAUGGAAGCAUAUGAAGAUCCUCCCAUUGCCUCGGGAGCCGCCGAAAUGCCAGUGACUGCACAGGCAGACGGACUGAACUCCACCUACUCAGUGGUGAACCUUCCAAAAGAAGAACAUCUCAGUGAAGUGUACGAAGAUCCUCCCAUUGCCUCGGGACCCGCGGAAAUGUCAGUGGCUACACAGGCAGGUCCGGAUAAACAGGAGCCGAACGAGAACAUCGGAAAUAGUCCGGACCGUAAGAUCUGCCUACUCUGCCUAGUUACGUUUUUCCUCAUCGCGACAGUUGUGGGGCUCUCGAUCCAUGUGUCACAGAUUCGUCAGUCUCUUAAACGAAUGAACAGCGAACUCCGUCACAAGUUCACUGAGAUGGAAACGAAGUACAGAUCUGUCAACGAAACCAAGGCUCAAAUCUGUGAAUUAUUGACCAGCAGAAGAGAGCAAGAGUGUCCCCAGUCCUGGAUCAGAAAUGCAGGCGGCUGUUAUUUUAUAACCACGUUGAAAUUGUCCUACGAUAAAGCGAGGCAGUAUUGCUGGGACCUUGAUUCUAAACUUCUUGAAAUAAAUUCUGCAGAAGAAGCGAACUUUGUUUACAAAGCUGUCCGGGACCAAGGCCGUUCAUACUGGAUUGGAAAAUGCAAAGACGGGAAAUUCGCUUCGAAUGUCCUGUACCGGAUGAACGGUUCAGACCCCGAGUGCAGUGUAUGUGCACAUAACUCUGAGUUUAAACCUUGUGAUCAGGUUCAAGCACGCUUCAUCUGUGAGAUAUCCAGAUAUUUGUGUCCGGAUAUUUAUGAAAUGAUAAAGGCUCAUUGUCAGCUACCAGAGGGACCGACUUGAAUAUAAUGAUAAAACCCUGUUUCUCCUCCAGUUCGCUUAACAACUUGCACUGCCCAUUCCGCGCCGCUGCCUCUCACCCAUACCGAAUUCUCCACUUUCCUUCUAUCGCAAUGUUACUCUCCAUCUUGCCCUCUCUUUACCCUCGUCCCUCAAAAGUGUCGCUCUCAUCCUUCUCAACUCCCCACUCCUGUGUUUCAUCCCCAUUUUCCUCACCGCGCUUUCUUGCUUCCAUUUACCACAAUUUCCCGUUCUGUUCCCGGUCUCUCCCGCGAUUCUCUACUCUGUCUCUACCCAAUCUCCCCAUCCCACGGUAUCCCUUUUAUCUAACCCAACUGGCUUCCCGCUUCUUUCUUUAGUU